AAAACGUCAGUGAAUGUUUUGGGUUUUGUGAUGACUCUUAAGUCAUAGGUAUACAUUAUUAUUAUUGGUGUUUAAUUAGAAAUGAACGUACCUACGAUGUUUCAAGCUUAUUUUAAGGCAGUUCAUUAAAAUAAGCAUUUGUUUCUGUAUUUCCUAAAAAGAAACGGUAGUAUCUGUAAUAAGGAAAUAUUUUUUUUUCAUGUUCUCUCUUAUAUUUAUUAUAAAAAUCAUUAUAUAAGUUUCAUUUUAGAGGUUAUUUCAUUUCAUCAUUUUUGUUAUAAAUUUUGUGAGUGGGAAUUAUUAAUUAUAAUUAUGUAAUUAUUAAUAAAAGUGGUUUGUAGAUUCGCUAGAAAUCCGAUAAUUUCAGUUUCGGAUGGAUGCACCACGAAAUAUGGGUACAAUUAUUAGGACUUUACCCCAUUACUUAUCAAAUCUUAUAAACAGAAGAAUUGAAGCACCAUUACGUAAAUUGGAAAAUAAGGUUUUUUAUUUCAACAAAAGGUCAUAUGAUGAUAAUUACUGUCACAAUGAUGAACAUUCCAAUUCCUGUAUUGAUGCUUGCCAAAUUUGUGUAACAUGGGAUAAAAACUGCACAAGGUUUAAAACAGAAAAUCUGGUCAGAGAUACUCCAUAUUCCAAAUUUGAACAAAAAAGAUUCAUCAUACAAAUUCCAACAAAGUAAUCAUGUACCCAAAAACACUAAGCUUGGCAACAUAUGUUAUGGGAAAGCCAAGUUGCAUAACAUUCAAAUAAAAAGAUUCUCCUCCUUCGAUGCCAUUUUAUCUCAUCAAGCAUAGCAUAACGUAGUCCUUUCAUGGGUUUUUUAGUUUAGGGAACAAGAAAAAGUCACAGGGGCCAGAUCUGGGGAAUACGGUGGCUGCGGCAUCAUUAGUGUGUUGUUUUCGGCCAAAAAGUCGCGCACAAGCAACAAUGUGUGAGCAGGGGUGUUAUCGUGGUGCAAAAGCCAAUUUUUGUUCUUCCACGAAUCCGGGCGUUUCUGGCGGUUUCUUUAUGUUUCCAGCAACUUCUCUUAAUGGUGAUUCGACGAUUGGCCAAUGUCAUUUUCUCCACUUCAUUAAUUUAUUCGUCUGUUGUUGAAGUUGAAGUGCUCGGGCGUCCGGCACACUCUUUGUCGUUCACAUCUUCUCGGCCUGCUGAGAACAUUUUGUACCACUGAUAAACAUUGCUUCGGUCCAAGGUAGCUUCUCUGUAUGCCACAGUCAACAUUCGGAAUGCAUCCGCGCACUUAAUUUCGUUUUCACACAAAAUUUGAUACAGAUUUGUUGAUCCAUUUUUUUUAAUAGGUAAAAAUCAAAGACGAUCCAAAACACAUGCAAGCAAAGCAGCUGUCAACAAUUAAGUGAACAUUGAACAUGGCCGAGCUUGUCGUCAUAAACCUUUUGAUGCUAACAAUCCGUUCUUAGCUCAAAUAAUUACCAACAAGGAAUUACACAAAGGUGGAAAUAGAUCAUGUCUUCAUGUGGAGUUUGAUAUAUCUGAUUCUAAAAUGGAAUAUGAAGCUGGUGACUAUGUGGCAGUGUAUCCUAAAAAUAACUCUAGAUUGGUUGAACGCCUAGGAGAAUUGACAAAUACAGAUCUCAGUAAAGGGAUCACUUUAGCCAACAAAGGCAAUCAGAUAACUUCGUACAGAACGGCAUUGUCCCAUUAUAUUGAAAUCACUGCAUUACCUUCUACAGAUGUUAUUAGGAAGUUGGCUGAAUAUUGCAGCAAUGAAAGUGACAAAAAUAAAAUGUUACUGAUGGCAACAAACUCUAAAGAAGGCAAAACAUUGUACAAAUCAUUUGUUGAAGAAGCAAGUCCCAAUAUUGUACAUAUUUUGGAAGACAUUAAAUCUUGUAGGCCUCCUCUUAAUCACAUAUGUAGUUUAUUGCCACAUCUUCAACCAAGAUAUUAUUCAAUAUCUUCUAGUCCAAAAUUGUUCCCAGAAUCAGUUCACGUGACGGCGGUGGUUGUAAAAUAUAAGACCAAGUCGGGCCGCGUGAAACAAGGAGUUGCGACCACCUGGCUCGCGGGGAACAAGCCGCAGAAGGGCGAGCCCUUGCCUCGCGUACCCAUUUACAUAAGGAAAUCAGAAUUUAGGUUACCACAAAGUAUGCAAACACCUAUUAUCAUGGUGGGUACAGGGACGGGGCUGGCACCUUUCCGCGGAUUUUUACAAGAGAGGGCCCACGCUCAGAGGAACGGCAAUGAAGUCGGUGACACUAUUCUUUAUUUUGGAUGCAGGCAUCGACAUCAAGAUUUUAUAUACCAGGAGGAGCUGGAAGAAUAUGAAAAAAGUGGCCUCCUAAAACUGAACUUGGCGUUCUCCCGGGAUCAAGCUGACAAAGUAUACGUGACACACUUGCUUGAGCAAAAUCUGGAGCAAAUUUGGAAUGUUCUAGGCAACCGAAAUGGACAUUUUUAUGUGUGUGGGGAUGCUAAUAAUAUGGCUGUCAAUGUGAGAGAUAUCGUCCUCAAGAGCAUAAGGGAGAUUGGAGGAAAAUCACACCAAGACGCCGUCAAAUUGCUUAACAAUCUAAAAUCUACCAAGAAAUAUUGCUCGGAUACAUGGAGUUAAUUUUGGAUCAUUGUUGUAAUUAAGUAGCACGAAUUUAUAUAACGUUAAUGCUGUGUGAGGCAGGCAGGCGACCAUAAAAACUUUACCUUUAGCCAACUCCGAAGUGAUGUAAAAUAAAUUACUAGGUACAUAUUUUUCGUUACUAUAUUUCCGCGUUCCCAUGCGCGUUUACUGAUUUAUCAAGAGAUUAAUGUAAAAUAAUUAAUGUUUUUAUUGCAUACACGUGCACAUUGUCGUCUUACGCAAAUCUUUUUUGCGGGAUACAAGUUACCUUAUGUACCUAUAUUUUUCUUAGUACAAAGUCGCUAAAGGGUUAAAGCUAAAGUCAGUCAGUCAGUCAGGUCAGUAUUUUAAUAAAUGGCUAAAAUUUGUGAUACUCUACACUUUCUAAGGUACAUAACUUGCUGAAUUCACGGUAUUUAUAGUUGAUAUGAUUUUUCACUGUUUUAUUUAUUUUAAUAAACAUUUUCGUGGUAAAAAGUAUCUCCUAAUUUUGAGCGUAAUAUACCUAACUAGUAGAUGUUGCAUGAUGCUUGAAAGCCCUACCUGUAUAGACGAGAAAAUAUUUUUUGUGAUAUUUUAGUUUCGAUAUCGAUCUAGUAACAAUCCAUGCUAGUUAAUUCUUUUUUAAUCCUUUCAAUGUAGGUACUGAAUUUAUAACAUGUCGAGCAAUAUACUUUUGUAGUGCUAUGUAAAAAAAGUCAUGAAAAAUCUAUGUAAGAAUGCAUCUUUUAUUUUUUAAUGAAAAAAUCAUUGUAUAUUAUUUAAUUUAAUAGUGUUGAUAUAAUAAUUAUGUAUACAUUUAUAAAACUGCUAUUACUGAGUGACAAACAGCUGGGUUGAAAAACUUGAAAUUUGACAUGUGGGUGUUUUCUUAUGUGGUCUAGGGAUGCACUAAGAAGGAUUCCUGAAAUUUCACGGGAAGUUAACGGAUUUUUUAGAUGGAGUUGCGGGCGCUCUCUGGAAUUUUUACAAUAUCAAUGUGUAUCAAAGGCUAAAGCUCGAUCCACGAAGAUCAUGUUGGGUUGGGAAUCUUGCAAAUGUUUGCCACAAAAUUAAAAAAGUAUAAACAAACAAAGUAAAGCAUAGGAUAGAAAAUCAUAGUAGCCAUUAUUAAAUAUAUUUAUUUUUCUGUGAUGUAUGUAUUAAUUUUUUACAUUAUAAAUUAUUAUACCGUAAAAUGCUAUAUCUUCAGUCUUUUCAAGACUGCUUGCUCUGUCUGCCACGUAUAGAAAGUGCCAUGUGUAUGUAUGUAAUCAUUAUCUAACGGCCUCUGUGGCGCAGCGGCAGUACGCUUGUCUGUGACACCGGAGGUCCCGGGUUCGAAUCCCGGCCAGGGCAUGAUGAGAAAAGAACUUUCCGAUUGGCCUGGGUCUUGGAUGUUUAUCUAUAUAAGUAUUUAUUAUCUAUACUUAUAUUAUAAAGCUGAAGAGUUAGUUUGUUUGAACGCGAUAAUCUCAGGAACUACUGUACAGUUGCCUUAUUACCAGGAAAGAAGAAUUGUUCACUGCAAAGUACUUAACUACGGUCUUUCUUUUAAAGUUAGAUAAAACAAUAGUUGCUUACAUUUUCAUUAUUAUUCUAAGACGUACAUACUAAUAAACGUUCGUACAUCGUCUAACUCAAUAAUCAGCUUUGUAGUAUAAAUACAAGUAAGUAUUCUGAGUGGCGCUGCUGUAGAAUAUACUCUCUAGCAGCGCACUAUAAAGUAUCAUUUUUUCUCAAAUUUACUGUACGUACGUACUUAAUUGUUUUUUGUACAUAAUGUUCUUCUGUUGCACAUUAAAUUGCCAUAGGUAGAACAAAAAUUCCAACAGGGGGCGUUGCGGCAGAGUACAACAUUACCAAUCUCAAUUCUGCACGUUUUCUUUAUUUUAUUUUAAUGGAAAUAUCAAUUGCAUUGUUAAGCAAAACAAAUUACAAUUUUCAACAUAAGAAUUAUGUAUUUUAAUAAUAACUUAUUUCACAAA